AUGGGCCCCACUGGAGGAGGCGCUGUUGGAGGAAAUGGACAGAGGAGUGGUUUGAUUUGCGGACAGAGAAGUGCAUAUGGCAGUAGAUAUGGGAAUGGGGCAGCGAGUGGGCAGGACUUCAUUGUGAACGGUGAUGCCUUUGUGAUAAAAGCCAAUUGCUUUGACAAUGCACUUCGGAGGCUUGGAGGAGCAGCUGUCGCGUUGAGAUUAGUUGAGGUUGCGAAGACUCCCCAUGAACUUUCUACAGCACUUGGUGUGGUGACGGAUGGGAUGAAGAACAGUUGGCAGAAUUUGGAAGAUAUAGAAUGGUUACGUGGCUAUGACAUCCUUGCGGAUACGCUUUGUUCCAAGGCAGAUAGGAUCAACAUGACCAGCUUUGACACGAUUUUUGAGUUUUUAGAUGUCGUAGACGGCUCACCUCGUUUCAUCAUUUCACGGCUCGAUUUCAAAGACGGAUGUGAAAAAACUGAACACUUGCUUGUCAUCCUGACCUCUCCACUAUCCAAUCCCGUGUGUUACACCAAACUUGUUUCUGCCCCUCCUAUCACCCGUAUCUGCCUCCUUCUAUUUGGAGAUGAACCUUCAGCACUGGUAGGAGCUCAGAUCCUCACCGUUAUUGGAAUUAGCAUGAGCACCUCCAUUUCUUUUUUCUACGGACCUGCUGGGGGCCCAAAGUUAAUGCAGUGGCGCUCGAUUCUCUUAGGGGGGUUAUCAGCUAAUGGCCAAAGGAGUGCUGAGCCUGCGGAAUAUGUUGUCACCUGUGCGCAAAUGGUGCCUCCUAUACUCUCCGCGUCACGGUUGAAGGCGGGUCUGAGUAUUGUUGCUAGAAACUGUGAAAUGGCAGAGGAUGUGGAUAAGCGAAGCCAAUACAGCUGGACUACAGAGUCUACACUGGAGGAGCUCACCAAAAGUCUUCUGAGCCUUCACGCCUCAAAUGGGACGUUCCAUCUUGUUUUUCAGUCUCAACAAAGCACCCAAUUUCGGGAGAAUCGUCGACAAGUGUCUCGUCUGUAUGAAUGGACGCUCAUGCUGACUGCUCAGUGGUCAGAAAAAAGCUGGAGCCUGAAAGCAACAAAUCUUCUGAAUGUUCCCGUUGAAGAAUAUCAUCGCAUCCAAGACGUUGUGGUUCCUGAAACCAAUAAUAGCUCUGUCGUUACUGUCGAAGUACCACCAUGGGCGAAAAGUUACAAGAUUUCUUUAACAGAUAUGGAAGAUCUCGCUCAGAUCGCCAAUUGGCGGAAGAAAUUUCAGAAGACAAGCAUCACUGAACUAGAACCAGAAGAUGUCAUUGAAUCUGUGGGUACUGUGGCAAGGGUUGCUGGAGUAGAUCCCCAUGUGAGUAUAUUUCCCCAAGCUGAGGCAGGCUUACGGUAUUCUGCGCAGUCUCUAAUAACUUCCUCUACAGCCGGGCUGCUUAUUAUAGGCCGGACGCAUGUAUACACGCUAGACGGGCUAGCAAUAACAGGGUCAAAUAGUGACAUAGCCCAGGCAUACGAGUCUGUGGCUCGCGACGUUCGAGGUGACGUUCAAGAACUCAUUCUCGAAUUCUUCAACUGCCUCAAAAUUCCUCCAACCUUGAUUUCGGAGUCCAGCAGAGUCCAGCAGAAUACUGGCGAGCGGAUACAUGACGUGAAAUUGCCACCUUGGGCAAAGCAAGAUCCCUGGCUGUUCAUCAUCAUCAUGAAUCAUAAAGCUUCAGAAAGCCUCUACAUCAGCAAGAAUCUACCUGCAUGGAUUGACCUGAUCUGGGGACACAACCUGCGAGACCCAGCUGCUUUGAACGUUUUCCACCCUCUUUCAUAUGAAGGGUCUAUUGACCUUGGCUCAAUCAUGGAUGAAUUGGAACGUGAAGCCACUGUUGGCAUUAUCCAUAAUUUUGGACAAACGCCCCGGAAGCUCUUCACGACUCCACAUCCUAAUCAUUACAAUUAUGAUGUUCCCAUCUUGCCUAUUGGGACUCUUCAUGGUAUCGAAGACGAUGCGCAUCCUCUCGUGCAGGUCAGCAGAUGUUUCAAAGACUCGGGUCCCAACGUUCCAGUCACCAGCCUGGUCUUGGACAUGAUAGGGGAAAAGAUCCUACCUUGUCCAGCAGGAGUUUUAUUUGUCCCAUGGCAUCCGCACGAACUUGAAGUUGAGUGGGCCACGUCUUGUACCGGUGCUAAAGAAGUCCGGGUAGUAGUAGACCAUAAAGUUGUACAAGUCAUCGAAGGCUCUUUCUGCUAUUCAAAUAAUCUGGUUACAGGAUCAAGUGACCACACGGAACAUAUCAUGCGGGCUCAUACAGAUGAGGUUGUCAGUGUCGCAGCGUGUCGGGCAUGGUCUGUGAUUGUGAGUGGGUCGAGGGAUGGAAGUAUGGCGUUGUGGAAUCUUAAUCGGGCGGUCUACGUUCAGUCCAUUUGGCAUGGAGAAGGUGGAUAA